AUGGCUGAAAGAACGGCCACCGGUGUGGAGCAGAGGGGACGAGGGGCAAACAGAAGUCCCGUGUUGAAGGGGAGCAGCAUUGAUGGAAAGUUGAGAUAUUUUGGACGCUCUAUCGAUGGCUCUCUGGACCUGACUGGGGAUAAUCUGACUGACAUCAGCGUGGGGGCUUUGGACCAUCUUUUCAUCCUUCGUUCUCGGCCAGUGCUGCAGUUGAAGGUCACGGUGACGUUCACUCCUGACAAUAUAAGCCCAUUGGACGAUGGGUGUUCGGCCCCCGCAGCGCAGGGCACACCAGUAACCGCCAAUGUCUGCUUCACCAUCAUAAAGGACAUCCCCGACACACUAGGAAAUCUCAAUGUCAAAAUCUCCUAUCAGCUGGCUCUGGACAUCGCCCGAAAAAUCCAGCGAGCAGAACUGGGGAGUCAGAGGAGCGGGACACAGUCCGUUGAUACAGGAAGGAAAGAGGCCUGUGUAAAAACCCAGAUAAACGUCAAGCCUUGUAUCCUGGACAGCCUGAAUCCCAUUCUGUUGCAUGUGGCUGCCUCGGUGACAGGAGAGAAGAUCUCAGGUCAACGGAAUCUGAUCCCUGUGAUGAAAGGGGGUGAAAACAUCACCCACACAGGCACGCUGCUGUUUAAGAAGCAAUGCGGCUCUGAUGAUAUCUGCACUGACCAACUGGAGGUGAUGUUUGAUUUUCAGGGGUAAGGAUCGAGCAACUCGUUCUCUUUACCUCAACCCAGAACUCUACGCACACACACA